CUGUGUUGCAAGAUUCUAAAGUCGGAGGAAGGAAGUUGUGUGUAAUUGACUAGGAGGAAGGGGCUGUCACAAGUAGAGUCUGUCUCCGGGAAGCCCAGGUCCGUACGUAGGCCUGGGGAGCUCGGCGCACCGACAACUGGACAGCCAUGGAAAAAAAGCCUUCUCCAGGGAAAGAGGAAGGAGAAGGAGGAGAGGAAGAGGAAGAAGAAGAGGAAGAGAGCGGUCCCGAAGGAGCCCUGGGGAAGAGCCCGUUCCAGCUGACAGCUGAGGAUGUCUAUGAUAUCUCCUACGUGGUGGGAAGGGACCUGAUGGCCAUCACAGGGGACUCCAGGGACGUGGCCACCAGGGUCACCCAGCUCCAGUUUAAAAUCGUGCGGAUCCUGGAGAUGCUGGAGGCCCUGGUGAAUGACUGCAAUGUGACAGUGGAGGAGCUCAGGAUGGAGAGGGACAGCCUUAGAAAAGAGGUGGAGGGGCUCAGGAGCGAGGGGCAGCCCCCAAACACGGAGGAGGUGAACCCAGGAACCAACAAAAUUGUAGUGGAUCUGACAGACCCCAACCGCCCCCGAUUUACGAUGCAGGAACUCCGGGACGUGCUGCAUGAGAGGAACAAGCUAAAAUCCCAGCUGCUGGUGGCUCAGGAAGAGCUCCAGUGCUACAAGAGCGGGCUCAUCCCACUGAAUAACAGUCAGUUGGCAAGAAGAGAUCCACAAGCUCUCGUCACCAGCCCCUCGAGCUCAAAAGGAGGCAAACAGGAGAAAACUAUCAUCAGGAAGCUCUUCUCUUUCAGGUCAGGGAAGCGGACCUGAUCCUGAGCCCCGAGGCCUGCGCGGUUGCCGUGGCCAGCAUUGAAGACCUGGAAUGCCUUUAUUGUGCCAUGUGUAGAUAAUCAGAUUUACUGAUUUAUUUUCCCCUAAAAAAAUGAGAAGGACAUAUACAAUGUUUUUCCCUCUGCUUAAUUUCCCCUUGGCUCUCAGUUAAGAGAGACUAGGUGGGAAGAAAGAACACUGGAUUUUGAGUCAGAGGACCUGGGUUUGAAUUUUACCUCAGUGACUGUGGACAAGGCAGUUCUCUCCCCUGGACCUCAGUUUCUCCAACUGUAGGGUGAGGGACUUAGGCUAAGUGAUCCCUAUGGUCCCUUUCCACUUUAAAGUCCUAAAAGCCCACACCCAGAAGGGUGGUCAGAGCAGUUAAAAUUGUCCCGUUGAACCAGUGGGCGGCUUAGAAUGAUGGAACAGGAGUCAACUGUGGAAUUAGAGAACUGGAUUCUGAUCCCACCUUGUAGAGUCCGAGGAGCUGGGUUGAAACCCCACCCUCUGACGCUUCUUCCCUGCUUGACCUUUGGGGGGCCACUUACCCUCCUUAGACCUCAGUUUCCUCACAUGUCAAAUGAUGGGCCUGUACUCCAGUGCCCCUGGGCCUGUUUUGUCUCUAGAGAUGUGCUGAUGGUUUUUGGGUGCUCUGACCAAGUCUUCAGGGGUUCCAUUGGGGGACAGAUUAGUGACUCGAUGACCUCACCCCAGAAUUGACUGUUUGCUUCUACGUUUAAUAGAGAAGUGAAUUAAAAUCAACAGAUUCUUAUUAAACUCCUAGAGCGUGCAGAGGCCUAUGGUAGGCAUUAGGGGAAAGAAAAACUGUAGAAAAGACAAAUGGGCUGUGCUCUCAUGGUGCCAGCAGUGAAAACUGUCAGCUAAAAGGAGAAGAGGAAAAGUCAGUAUGAAAAGUUUAUAUAAAUGUUUUCCUAUGCAUUUCACCGCUUGCAACCUCAUAGGACUUCAGACUGGAAGGAGCCACAAAAGUCACCUUGUCUAACCCACUGAUUUUUACAGAUGAGGAGACUGAAACCCAAAAUGUUGAACUGACUCCCCCAAGGUUACACAGGCAGUAGGUGUUAGAGCGAGGAUUUGAACCCAGUACUUUGGACUUGAGAAUCUGUGCUCUUUUCCUCUUCACCACCAUGGUAUUGACUGCUCUAAUAACUUUCUUUGUAAGGUUUUGUACUGAGACAAAUAAAAUGACUUUUCUACCUUCUGUAACUCA